CAGUAAAGGAGGAUAAAUGAACACGGGGGGUUCUCCCAGCAUCGGUAUGCCUGCCUACCUCAUUUCCAGUCCAGACAUAGUUGCUGCUCCUCUGGAUAGACAUAACAGCUGAGGUGUGUUUGUAUGUGUGUGUGUGUGUGUGUGUGUGUUUUAAAUAUCAGUCACCCCGCGCACCGCCUUCAUCCUCUCAGCUCACGGCAGUCUGCUGUGAUCUUACUGCGAAGGACCAGACAGAAACUGAGACAAGAGCAAGCGGACAUGGACGAGUGGUGAAAAGAGGCUAAAGGAGAGGGAAGAAACAAGAGGAAAAAGAAGAAGGAACAGGAAAGAGAAUAAAAAAAGGAGAUAAUAUGCUUAAAGUCUCCUUCUCUACAUUCAUGUAUGCAGCACAUUACACAAUAAUGUGUUUUCACUGGAAGCUGUGACUCUGUGGACUAUAGACAGAUAAGACAGAGCUUCAAUCUGUGCUUUCUGCAGCUGCAGCAGAUGUUGAAGACAUCUUUGACUUUAUAGGGAGCCGAGGCAUUUCAAGCAAGAUUGGAGUGGAAUUCCUUUAAACAAAGUCACGUUUCUUUCUGUUUAUUUUCUUCGUUUUUGUGCCUUCAGCUGGAAGUUUGCUUCGCUGGAAAAAAAGACGGAAUACACACGUUUCUUCUUGUGUGUUAAUCUGUUUUUACCCUGAUGUUGUUUUUUUAAUCUUUGGGUAAAUCCACAACUGCCUGCACCGAGGACAAACCCAGGGGGCUCCCUCACCUUUCUCUGUCCUUUCCAUCCCUUCUGCAUUUGAAAUGGCAGAUGGCAGCAGUCUCAUCGUUGAACCGCAGCAUGGAGCUUUUUGUUUGGACUGAAACAAUACAACGACUUUCAGAACCAGCCAGCUACCUGUCAAAAUAGUGGGUUCUUUUGGUUCAUCACACCCUCAAAGGGCCCCUCAGACACGUAUUCCUGCCCAAGAUGAUGAAUUCCUCCCUGGAUCCACUGAACCAGAGCUCUGCCGACCCGUCAAACUCAUCUGCUCCCUUCUGCCUGCUUGAGAUAGGCUACUCCCAGGUUUUUACCACCUGCCUCCUUGAAGUCUCUAUCAUAUGUCUCCUCACUGUUCUCAUUAUUUCUGGCAACCUGGUGGUGAUUUUUGUCUUUCACUGUGCCCCCUUGCUUAGCCAGCACACCACCAGUGCUUUCAUCCAGACUAUGGCAUACGCUGAUCUGCUGGUGGGGGUCAGCUGCCUGUUCCCCUCCCUGUCUCUCCUCCAUCACCUCCAGGGCCUCGACCCCAAACUCACCUGCCAGGUGUUCGGGUACAUGGUGUCUGUUUUGAAAUCAGUUUCAAUGGUCUCGUUAGCAUGUGUCAGUGUGGACCGCUACAUUGCCAUCACAAGACCUCUGACUUAUGCAUCCCUAGUGACUCCUUGUCGAGUGCGAUGCUGCAUCAUUCUAAUAUGGCUGUACUCUGCUCUGGUGUUUCUCCCAUCUUUUCUUGGGUGGGGGAAACCCGGCUACCACGGGGACGUGGUGGAGUGGUGCGCAGUGAAGUGGAAGACUCGUCCGGCUUUCACCGCCUUUAUUGUUGCACUGCUCUACGCCCCGGCGGCUCUCACUGUUUGCUUCACCUAUGCCAACAUCUUCAAGAUCUGCCGGCAGCACACGCGGGAGAUCAGCGAGCGCCACGCACGUUACCGUCCCCAGCAGCUGCAGGGCCCCGGGUUGACACCUGGAUCUGCAGUCAAGGACAACAAUGCAGUAGAGCAAGGGCAGUUUCCACACUUGUCGCAACCACAGAAAUCCCAACCACAGUAUCAGCAGCCCACAUCAACAUACCCAGACAAGCGAUACGCUAUGGUACUGUUCCGCAUUACAAGCGUGUUUUAUAUCCUCUGGUUGCCCUACAUCCUCUACUUUCUGUUGGAGAGCGGUGGGAUCUACCACCACCCUGCAGCCUCGUUCCUAACCACAUGGCUCGCCAUCAGCAACAGCUUCUGUAACUGUCUCAUCUACAGCCUCUCCAACUCUGCCUUCAGGAAGGGCCUCAAACGCCUCUGCUCCUUCUGUUUACAGCGCAGUGGCACUGGCUUUGGGGUUCGGAACACCAAAAAGGCUUUCAUUGGUUCUGUUGAAAAAGGAUGUGGAGGGCCAGGGUACGGAUACGGUCACGGGGAAAUAGGAAUUGGCACAACAUGUCAUGUGUAGAGCACACACAGAAGGAACCCUUGUGCCAAAUUGAACUUUUCUGAAGAUGCCUGAUGCGAUUGCUGUAAAAUGUCUCCUCUUUCAAGCUUAAAUGUGCUGUAAAGAGAUGAAAGGAGGCGUUGAUCUGCCACUGCUGUUUCUGUCGCAUUUGGAGGUUACACAGGCGUCCUCUCUGCACACGCCACAGCUGGCAAAGGCAGAGAAAGGGAGUCAAGAGCAAAGGAAACUGAAUGAGACGAGACUUAAAUAGCCUUGCAAGGUGUUUUAAAAUGCUGAAGGAAAACCAGCAUACUGUACUGUGUCGAGACAGGGUUUGAUAGAUGGAAGGAGUUGAAAUGGAGGAGAAGAAGGUGUCUGAAGAAAUGAAUCCUUUUGAGUUUGAACUACAUUUUUAUCGAUCCAUUUUCUUUGAUGGGAAGAGGAUCCUUAACUUAUUUUGCUAAAAUGACAAAUUGUUACAAGGAAAGUGUUCUGAGAAGCUGUAUGUUAAACAUUGUGAUCUUUGAUGCCGGAUUAUCAGCACAGUAUGAGCUGAAUGCAAAAAAGAACAACAGUUGACUGCUGUUUUAGUAAUGUUGUGCUGAGGUGAACCGCCAAUAGCACGCUCAUUUAAUGUUUGUGCUCUUACCCCCCCAGUAUCUGAAUACUAAGUGAUGCAACAGUGUGUUUGUGUACAAUGUAUUUAUUGUGUCUCUUGUUGUUGACUGAUUGAUUUGACCUUACUCAGUCGAAAGAAAUUGGAAGACUCAGUGCACUUGUCAUUUUUCUAGUUUGUUUGCAUUGACUUAAGGUUAGUCAUCAUCAAGACAUCUAUUCAGACUGUUGUAUUAGUAUAAUCAUAAGUUUAUGAUUGAUAUUAUGUCGUGGCUUCACACAUUGAGCCUGUUGUUUAUAAUAUAUAUGAGAUGCUUCUCAGCUUGGGUGUACGACUGUUAACCUGACAAGUUGUUUCCAGUGAAUUUAUCUUUCAAUUCAUUUUUCAAAUCUUUGUCAGUUUCAUUGCACCUUCUUUUUCUUGAUAAUGAAACUAAACAUAUUUUAUAACUGUCCAAGGCAAAGCAAGACCAAGAAAGGAUGUAUUUUUACACUUAUUUUCCACAGAUUGUUGGUACAUCAUUGGGCUGAUUUAUUUCUUAAAGACUUUUGUCAAAGGUAAAAACAUUAAGCUCUUAGAUGAAUGACCAUUGAACUGUGACCCAUUGACUGGCUGAGAGGAAUAGUCUAAUGAGAAGUCUAAUGUGAUUGUGGAAAUUCAUAUUUGCAUAUUCUUGUGAGUAAUGACCUUGUUACAAACCUAGGUGUGCGCUGUAUUGUUGCUGCACUAUUGUGCCUGCAUUCAGGGACUAGUGUAUGUGCACACAAACACACACACCAACACCGCAGGAUCACAUGUAAACAGAACAAAUUGCCCAUUCACUCUGCCAGCUGGCUAACCUCGAGGUAAACUCUAACCUCUGUGCAGCACCAUGUAGAGGGAUUGACCCCUCAACUUCAGUUGCGUGUGUGUGAGCGUCUACGUGCAGGUGUUGUAGUCCAUCCGCUUAACCCCAUGUGUAGUUUUGUGGGUUCUUUUCACUUAGGUUGACUUUUAUUACAUAUAUAUCAAGACAAAUAAGAAGCCGGAAUAAAACCAAGUCUACAUAUUGUGCCAUAAAAUCAUUUUGUGAAAAAAUAUCUCUAUUUUGAACCAUGGAGACUCGUGUCACAGUUCAUUUAGGUGCAUCUAACUUUAUUAUAUUUUAUGUAAUCUACCAAAGAAAGUUCAACAGAUAUUUAUGAUGAGAUUUUUUUUUCUAAAUAUCUAAUAUAUAAAGAUUUAGUAAGAUGUGAGUGGGUUUCACACAGAGUUUGUGUAGGUCCACUGCACUGUGAUUGGCUCAGUGAUGCCUUGUGUGCAUGAAUAUGACUGUUUCUCACUAUAUAGUGAUAUAUUGUUGCCUUGAUAUACAAAGGAAAAUGAACUGUUGGAAAAGAAUUUUCCUUACUUUUAGGGAGGGCUUAAUUCAUAGACACUCGACUGUUUUUAGAGAGCACAGACUGGAAAUUGGAAGGAAAAUGUACAUUACGCAGAUUCCAAACUCAGUACAGAAUAUCCUGAAAAUGUUACUGUUUAUUCAACUACUCUUCAAAAAAUUCAUCAUUUGCAACCAUUUUCCUCUCUUCUGUAAAACUGAGAACAACCAGGAGGAAGCACAUGACUCAAAACUGUUAAUUUUGUUUGCAUUUUAAUUUAUUUGUUCGUGUGUAAAUAGGUAUGUACGAGUGUGGGUGCAAGUGUGUUAGGAUGUGACCAUUGGCUGAAUUGGACUGUUUACAGUGCUUAAGCAAGGGUGCGUAUAGAGUUUAAUUGCUUUAUUAGCUGCACAUCACGUCCCUCAAGUACACUGUAUUUUGUGAGUGUAUGUGAGUAAGAUGUACAGUGGUGGUAGAUUCACAUGUUGUCUUUAAAUAUUUUGGCUCAUCAUCUGUGAAGCAUUGCCAAAUAUUGUUGUCUUCUAUUUGUCUUUUUUUCAGAAACUGAGUGUACAGAAAUGGCAUGUACAGAAAUGAAGUGUACAAAAAUGGCGUAUUGAAUGUCUGAUUGUCAAAUUACAGAAAUUUAUUUUUGUAAAAUUACUUUCUGUCUAUUCUCUUGUGAAAUGUUGGGACUCUAAGUAGAAUUAGUAGCAUGCUUACAUGUUGAAAUGAUUGAAGCUGUGUCUUUAUGAAGAUAUAUUUUAUUUGCAGCAUUUCUAUUAAAGUGUCUCAUCCGUCUUUUGCCAUUUGAAAAAGUAGAUUACUUUGAAUUUGAGGUAAGAAGUUCACCACUAUAAAGAUAUAGAUUUCUCACAGCAAUUAAUGGUACAAUUGCUCAGCAAUGUCUAAGAUUUAGGGCAAAGCGUCAUGGGAAAUGAUUGUGCCAAUACAUGCAGCAUUAGCAUUCACACACACGCAUUCCACUAUUCCUGUGGGAAAACAACCAUUUCUCAUGUUCUCAAGAGAACAAGAGUCUGGUGGUGGCUGUGGUGAGGUGAGGUGCAGCACCAUGUUGGGUAGGUUUGGGAAUAUGGGCACUAGGACUUUGCAGCUUUCUGCCAUGAGAGGGAAAAAUAAUGAUGAUGUUGAUUAGGCACAAUAAUGACAAGAUUGUGUGCAUUCUACAAGAACAGUUUAUCAGUAAUAAUUAGUAAAAAAAAAAAAAACAAUAAAAAACCCAGGAAGCCCAUUUGACUUCAGUGGUUUCUUGUAAUUUUAUUUCAUAUUAAGAUCUGUUUUCCAGAAACGUUAAUUCUUCAUUUUCCUCUCUAAUCUAAUAACAGCUUUAGUGCAUCGCCACUUUCAAAACUGGGGCUAAGCAGAUGAACAUCUGUCUUGGGAACAAACAUUGUCUUUAUGUAGCAUACUGAUAUGUGGGCCACUGUAAAUAAACUUGUAAAAACAUGUAUACAUUUAAUUGGGGCCUUAUAUGAAAUAACCUAUAAAAUUAAUUUUGAGGCACCCAUUUUUAUUUUGAUAAUAUCAGCUCAACAUACCCCAACUAAAUAGGGUUGACGUAGUUAGAGUAGACAGUACAGCCUCUUAUAGUGCACUUUAACACAUAAACCCAUGCAGUUUAUAUUUUCUUAUCUUGUCUUUAAAUCUGAACUCGAUUUUCUUCUUUGUGUUUUCAUAAGGCUCUAAAUAGGCCACACCAGACCCCCACUAAUGGCUGACUCAUGACCCAGCUGUUCUGAGGAACAGAUUAUAAUCACAUUAAGACGAGACUGACCACUGUAAAAAAACAUUGGUCUGGAAUCGUCCCAAAAGAUGCAGGGAUCUCACUCUGCGUGUGUUUAAGUUCACAGUGAAACUUGCUCACAGUCAAAAAUAGGGCCUUUUGUUAAUUUUAAAUGGAGAAAAUUAUUAUUAAAAGCCUUUUCUUUAUUCAAUUGUUACAAACACUGUCCUUUUUAAGUUGUCAGGGGUUGAAGAUGUAUGCUUUUAUAGAUGGAGAAUGUUUGGAUAAUUCAAAUGGUCAACCAUGUUUAAUUUCUCUGUGAGUCUCUGUGAAAUAUUUAUAAUUUUUCAUUACACAAUGCUUUGUAGGUGAAAAGCCUAUAUGUAUUAUAAGAUGUACACGUUGUGUGUCUGUACUUAGCAAAUAAAUGUAAUGUUAUCUCAGUGUA